CCGACGGACCCGCCCCGCUCAGCGCCCCGGAGGCUGCCGGUGGCGCAGCUGCCCCGGGAUGGGACGGCCUCCCGGUGACGCCCCUCCUCCGCUCCUCGCAGGGCGCUCGGGGGCUGCCGCUGCUGUCGCCAUGGGGGAGUUCCAGGUGCACCGCGUGCGGCUCUUCGCCUUCCUGCCGGCCGGGAUCCGCUGCGUAUCGGCCCACCCCUCCAGCCGCUUGGCCGUCGGCCGCAUCGACGGCUCCGUCGAGAUAUACAACCUGCAAGCAAACAGCUUCCAGGAAAAGGUUAUUCCAGGCCACGAGACGAGGAUCCCAGAGGCUCUCUGCUGGGCCGGAGGAGAUCGGCUCUUUGGCGCAGGCCUCAGCGGAGAUAUCAUCGAAUAUGACUUGGAGAAGCUGUGUGUCAAAUAUGCGCUAGAUGCCUUUGGAGGCCCCUUGUGGAGCAUGGCGGCUGAUCCCACUGGGGCUCAGUUAGCGGUUGGAUGUGAGGAUGGAUCCAUUAAGCUCUUCCAUGUCCUACCUGAAAGAAUUCAGUUUGAGAAGAACCUGGAUCGGCAAAAAGGCCGCAUCCUGUCCCUCUUCUGGCAUGCCUCCGGGGCCAGGAUUGCCGCUGGCUCCAUCGACCUCAUCCGUGUCUUUGAUGUCAAGUCAGGCCAUGCAGUCCAGCGGCUCCUUGUGGACAGGCGCCUGACAGGAUCCCACACCCCCCGGGAGUGCGUAGUGUGGAGUGUGGUCUUCCUGUCGGAUGGCACCAUAGUCAGCGCGGAUUCUUCCGGGAGGGUGCAGUUCUGGGAUUCGGAGAUGGGGACCCUGCUCCAGACAUCCGUCAUCAGCAGCUCAGCCGUGCUGUCCUUGGCCACCUCUGAGGCAGAAGACAGCAUUGUGGUGGGCACAUCGGCGGGGGCUGUGUACCAGUUCCAGCUGCUUCAGGUGAAGGCGGGCAGUGCCGAGCGCCAGUGGGUGCGCACAAAGCCGUUCCAGUACCACACGCAUGACGUGAGGACCGUGGCGCACACGGCCACAGCGCUCAUCAGUGGAGGAUUGGAUGGGCAGCUGGUGAUCCGGCCACUCAUGGAGAAGGUGGAGUCCCGGAGCUACGAAGCCGCUGUUCGGAAAGUCACCUUCCCCCAUAGGUGCCUUGUCUCGUGUGCCAGGAAAGCCCGUCUCCUCCUCUUCCAGUACCCACUACACCUGGAGCUGUGGAGACUCGGAACCACCAGUGCCACAGGAAGAGACGGGGAAGUCUUGCCUGUGUCCUGCCCCCCUGAGCACCUGGUCCAGCUCAAGAACAAGGGCCCUGAGCACAUCCGCAGCAGCUGCAUCUCUGCCUGGGGCACCUGGAUCGCCUACUCCACGGCUUCCCGGCUGUGUCUGUACCGGGUCCAGCUGGCCGGCGAGCGUGUUGCCCUGCAGCGGGUUCGCAAGGUGCCAAAGGUGGCUUGUGGAGCCCACCAGCUUCUGUUCUCUGCGGACUCUACCCGGCUGUUUGUGGCGUCAGAUCGGGGCUCUGUGCACGUUCUCAAGCUCUUGCAGUCGGGGGUUUGUGAGCACCUGCACACCCUGCAGCCCAGCUCAGGUGAGAGCACCCUUUUCUCUGCUGUCUUGCUGGCGGUGAGUGCUGACGGCCACUGGUUGGCCGUUGCUACUGGAGGCGGGACGGUCACCAUCUACAACCUGAAAAAAGCCAAGCCUCACUGCGUCGUGCCUGCCUACGACUGCCCGGUGACGGCCCUGGCCAUUCAUCCGGUGACCAACCGCCUUGUCAUGGCCUAUUCGGACCAGCAGGUGCUGGAGUUCAGCAUCCCGGACAAAGCGUACACGCCCUGGAGCCGCAAGGUGCAGCAGCAGGGGCUCCACCGCGACUGGAUGGAGCGGGACACGCCCAUCACUCACAUCGCCUUCCACCCCCAGCAGGCCGACCAGGUGCUGCUGCAUGACGUGCACAUGUUCUGCCUCCUGGACCAGUCCCUGCCCCUGCCGGAGGACACAGCCGUUCUGUGCAACCAGCCCUCCCUGAAGCAGCUGUCCGAGACGGCCCGGCACAGCAGUGCCCACGCCUUCAAGAUCUGCAAGAAGUAUCAGCCUCUCUUGUUUGUGGACCUGCUGGAUGAGAAGUCCUUGGUGGUGGUGGAGCGGCCUGUGAUGGACAUCAAGGCACAGCUGCCCCCGCCCGUCUACCGGAAGAAGUUUGGGACGUAAAGGAGCCUCCUGGCCACGGCCGUGUGGGGUGUGAGGGACAGUCUCUCCUGCAGAACGGCAGGCGAGCUCUGCCCCCUUGGUCUUCCUGGCUGCGGGAGGCCAGGGCAGCCGUUUCCUGGGCGGGCUGAAAUCCAAAGCAGGUGGGGCGGGCUGCCUGCCCUUGGAGCCUGCCUGCGUCCAGCUCCCCGGCCCCUUCCCCUCAACUCCGUUUGCUUCCUUCCCCUGACGAUUCUCAGACGCGGGAGACGUGUGUAUGACCACACAAUCACGACUGGGAAGAAAACUUCAUGCUGUCCGGUACUCACAGUGGCCCAAGCCUUGGCUGCCUCCCUUUUGUGUCAGGAUGGUCGGUGGUCUCUAGAGGGCCAGGUCCCUUGGGUGAAGAUCGCAGGGGCUGGCUGUCUCGGGCAAGAUCUGAUUCUUUGGAGUGCCCCGGAGCGACCUGCGGCCAGUGGGGGAGUUGUGUGCUGAGAUCCCAGCCAGCUCCCAAAUGCUGCCUUCCAAUGCCCCCACGAGGUAAGGGGCCACCCCUCACCUUAAGCCGUUUGCCUCUGUUCUUCUGGAAGUGGUGCUCCUAUGGCAGAGGUUUCAGGACUCCUACGGCAUGAGAAUUCUGCAACUUUGAAAAACAAAACGCCACCUGCUGCUGGGGUGGGGGGUGGGGUAGGAAGAGAAACGCACAAAGGAGCUUGAGCAAUUGCCUGCCGGCACUGUUGUGGAUGGCUAAAAUGAUCGAGAUGGAGAUCCAAGUGGGACGACUGGGCUGAAUCCCCAACACGCUCUGCCUCCCACCCAGCUGUGGCCUCUCGCCCAUCUGGGUCUCUCAUGGACGGCAUCCCAAACUCAGUGACGUUGUUUGUGGCACAGACUGUUCAUUUUUGGCUGGUUUUAAAAUGGAUUUCUACGGCUGUCGUGAAAGUAAAGUGUCAGUUCUCUUAAGGUCUUGCAUUUUUUGAGCCCUGAAUUUAAGAAUGUAACGUUUUAUAAAUUAAAAUAUGUG